AUGCCUACCCAGGAAUCACCAAUCGUGAGGUCCCCUACAAAAAGAACCCCCCGCAAAGCCGCAGCUCGGGGAAAGUGGAGCGAGGAGCAGCUGUUGACCAGCGAUAAGUCAGUUUUGAUCGAUGCAGACUUGGUGAAACUCCUAGCUAGCUCCAAAGCAUGGAACUGCUUAGAUGAAGAUGAGAAGCGCCAAAUCCUAGAUUUUCUCCCCGCUGAUACCCACCCCAAUCCAGAUCCCCCAGCGGAUGACCCUCAUGCAAAGAUCCCACCACUCCCUGAUUCCUUUGUUCGGUAUUCAAACAACUGGCGGGAUGGCAUUCGCCAGUUCCAGCUUGAUCUACAGCAUGGUCGCUAUGACCCCGAAUGGCUACGACAGGCUGAAGAGGCACGACAAGAGCGGGAGAAUGGCGAAUUUGAAUCUUUUAAGGAACGGGAAUACGAAGAGUUCUGGGGCCAGAAACAGAAAUUGGAUAAGCGUCUCGCCGCUGGAGAGUCGGGGAAAGUGAAGCUUGGCACUCUGGUGGAGGAGGGCGCGAUUCAGAUCGGAGACGUUUGGAGAUUCAAUUAUGUUUAUGGUAAAGGAGCUGAGCGGAUAGUCAUUGACAAGGAGACUAGGGUUCAUGAGAUCAAUGGUUCCAAAUUGACGUUUGUCAUGCCAGCUGGACAGCGUGUCUUUCUCAAGAGUGUUAUCACUGAAGCCCCAACUACUGCAUUGUCAGGCCAGGAGGAUGGAGCGCAAGAGAUGCAGAGAGUGGAACUCGACACUAUUAUGACAGAGGAGCCCGAGACGAAAGAAGUGCCCGAGUCGAAAGAAGUGCCCGAGGUUCCAUUAAUGGAUCCAAAUUCACAGAAAAAAGAUGAGGUUCAGAUGGUCAACGAGAGUGAGGAAGACAUCAUUCCCGAUGCACGAAUUGUCCAGGGGGAAUUCAAAAUAGAUUCCAAAGAACGAGCGAUUCAACAAUGGGACGAUGUUUGUCGCGACAGAGAGGAGCGCAUCAAUCUUCUGGUAUCCUCCCCGCUUUCCACUCCACCACCGAGUCUGGAACCAACGAGCUCACAAACCGAGCCACAAUCUACACCUCAGGAGGCCCAAUCAAAGGUCCAGGUCGUGAUUAUGAGCCCUAUGAAGGCACCGUGUGAGAAUCUGAAACGUUCCAUUUCUCAGCCUGCAGAAGAGUCUCCAGUCAAACGCAAACGGGGUCGACCACCUAAACCCAAAACCUUUGGACCUCAGCCCAAGUCUGAGCCGAAGUCUGAGUCUGUAUCUGCACUUAAAGAAGAUCCAGUGACAGAGUCGAUACAUCAAACUUUACACCGCCCAAAUGUGCAAGUUUUGGUUGAGUCACCAAACCUCGAGCCUAAGCCUGAACCUAAACCAGAUAUGCAUAACAUUGACAAUAUUGUUCACAGCACCAUGACACCCAGCACAGAUGACUUGAAAGUGGAAUCAAUAUCUCCUCCCGACGAUGUAUCUCAAAAUCCCGAAAAUACUACCAAGGACCUGACCCCAACUACGCACACUUCCGCCAGCACGCAGUCAAAUUCUAUAUCUGCAUCCCAGCCUAAACUCCAGGCUGCAAUACAUACGACAGCACCACUCACGCAACCCCUGACACAAGAUUCCUCCGAAGUAGUAUCUACCAACAAAGCGGAAGAAGUCUUUGUUCGCGAUGUCACAUCGCCGCGGGCACUAGUCCAAGAGAUAUUGGCUACAGAUGGACGAGCGGUAGGCAAGCGCACUGCGAAUGCUUGGAAAGAGUUUCGCUGUUAUCGCAAUAACCAGGAUAUGGGUUCGCCCUGGGAUAUACGCCAGACAUGGUACUACAAGAAGAAUCCCACUUCUUCAUAA